AUGGAGUGGACAGUUAGGCACAGUGUGGCCGAUGUGGACGUACUGAACGCCGCUAAGUCUGUGAACUGGUCCCAACCCAUCGACGCGUUUGGUUUCUUCGAAGACAUUUUUGUCAUAUUUCAAGGAAACUUCUACACAUCCAUCAAAUGCGAAAACGGGGAAUGGGCUGAAGUGCGGCACCUAAACAUCCCGACCUCCUUCUCGGGAAUCCAGGGGCCCAUAGACUCGGCUAACUUUAUUAGGACCGGCGCUCCCAUCGACGACGCCUCGCUCUAUAUGUUUAAAUCGGAAAACUUUUUCAUUUGUCCCGUCUUUGGAAACGAACCAUGCAAUGGUCCGCUUUCAAUAGUCGAUGACUUCUUCAUGUUUGAUGAGGAGUGUGGUCUCAGCCCGAAGUCUUCGACAGCGAAUCUAUUGAAUUGGAUUUUGAUCGCCUUUUUGGUGGCCAUUAUUGUCAUCGUUUUGUUGGCCUUUUGCUGCUAUGGAGUAGUGUUACGGUCGCGACAAAUCACGUUUUGGGUGAAUAGGAGGCGCGCGAAGGACCCCAACGCCGGCCUCACCUACGAGGCCCUCAAUGGUCAGCAAAUGGAUGUCACCAACAAAGGAGUCGAAGCGAAGGAUAAGACAACUAAUGGUAAUGGAGUUGAGAUGACAUUAGAAGACCAGACAAAUACUCCGUUCAUCGAUACUAAUGGCAAGGAUGAAGAGGUCCACCAUUAGUACCACUCCCUUACCAACCAUUAAAUUGAAGAUCAAAAUACAAAUUUUAUA